CUAUUGAGUAGUGAACUCACCCCAUCUCAUCUCAUCUCCUUUUUGGUACUUUUUCCAUCAACAUCCCCGGGCCCUGCAAGACCCCCUACAUCACGCUCGCUCGCUUGCGCACGUCGUAGAUAAGCGCACUUAAGACCCGACUGCAGCUUUUUUUUUGUCGCGUCAGGGGAAGGAAAAAAAAAAAAGCCAGCUGUGCCUUCUCAACACAUCCCAAUGCCCACCUUUCUGAAUAAGGUCUUUAAACGGGACCACGCCGGAUCUUCAAAGAAGAUCGAACCCAGCGCGCCUCCACCGCCCCAAGAGGUUAAACACCAGGACGCGUGGUUACGGACAGAAGUCACUCCUGAGCAAGUUCAGGAGCUGUUGAGGGGAUGCACUCAGGAGAUCAAGUCAAGAGGCCUGUCAACACCUUUUCUGCUAUUGCCUUUUCGACCAAACUCGGAUGCCAGCGCCGCCAGAACCUUUAUCCGAAAUUUCUUCGAUCCGGUAACAGGGCCGCUUCGCGGGCCCCACCUCCAGCAAGAGUUACGAUUGACUGAACCUGUGGUUUUAUGCAGCACUCUGAAGUGGUGUUGGAGUAGGUUACCCGGUGGCGUGGUAACCUGGGAUUUGUAUGAGCUAUUUCGUCAGGGAGAAAUUGGUUCUGGCAUGGCCCGUGACUCGUUCGCGACCUUCAUACCAAUUAGUGCUGAAUCCGAAGCUCGUUCCAAGAUUAUCUUUGACUUUUUUGAUUUAAUCUCGGCCAUCGCAGCACACGGAAAGCAUAAUGGACUGGGCGGUAUGAAGCUCUCGAGGCUUGCGGGUUGGUGGGCCUUUGAGCAUAGCGAUAUGGGAUGGGGCUUCGAAGGUGGAUACACAUCGUGGUCGAGGGCUGCCGAUGCUACGAUGCAUCUUUUCUUUGCCUAUCUUCGCUCCCUCUCUCCGGCAGAUGGAACAAGGGGUGUUUCUGUCUUGCCAAUCUCCCUGAAGGCGUUGGUGGCCUCCGUCGACUAUCCUCCUACGACCCCUGUUCAGCUCCAGUCGCAGACCGUUAGGGUGGUAAUGACCGUUGAAACUGUUUCACCAACCCCAUUUUCACUUCUUCGUCGUGCAAGAAACUUUCAAUUCCGGGAGAGUAAUCUUGCUCUCCGGGCUCUUGUGGGCUAUGAUGACCCUAUACAGGCUUUGACAGAAGAAUGUAAGCGUGUUCUAAAAUGUAUAUCAUCUACCAACCAGUCUUCCUCUGGAUUUAAGAGCGGGAGCGGACUUCAGGAUCAGUCUUGGUCAAGGUUCCAGGAUUUGGGAUUUUCCGGACUUUUGGAGGAGUCUGAGGGUUCGGCUGAUGAAGAUGGGUUGUCAAUGACUGGUUCCGAAACAUUUCCCCGAAGGCGAGCUUCAACUCAGCCCAUUCCCUCGACCCCUCAUCAGGAGCUUGCCAUGGAUAUUGCUCGGCCAACAACACCCUCCUGGGCUGACUUUAUGGCCGCAGGGUUUGGAGAUCGUGACCAAGGUCCAAACCAACCUGCCCCACUCCUCCUGCCGCCGGACAAGAUCUUGCCUCCGAUUGACAGUGGAUCUCGAGUUCGUAGUUCUCAGUCGAACAGAAAAAUCGCCGAGGAUAAUUUGGACCCCGGUGAAUUGGCCAGCGUUUCACCAUUAACCGUGGAUGAUGCAUUCUGGUGGGUCUGGAUAUCUAGUCUUGCCGGUGAAGAAUCCACCGCUAGAAAGGCUGUGUUUGGGCGAUGUGCUCUUGUCGAGACAGUGAUUAAAGGUGGAAGGUGGCUUGUCGUUGAGGAAAAGGUUAAAGGUGCCGCCACUGCGCUCGAGGACGCAACGUAUCUUUUGGCCAGGGAAAAGAAGAAGUCUCGAAGAGGAAAGCUGACCAGGCGGAAAUCUGCUGGACGUGCCGAUAUUCCAAUCGAGCAACCAAAGCAAUUUGAUCCUUCUAUAGGCCCGUUCAGUAGAAUAAAUAUUAGGCCUGAUCAGAUGGCUAGGGUUCAAACAGCUGCGGCUGCGUUGAGACAACAGCAAAUUCAACAAGAGCCCAGUCAUCUGAGACCCAGAGAAGUUGGCUCUAUGCCUAAUCCAAGGACCAAUAGUGUUUUCACUUUGCAGCCGGUGAUCCUCUCAGAGGCUACCCCCGCGAUGAAAUGGGCAAGCAAGUAUGAUAAAGAUGCUAUCCGGGAAGCUUAUCUGAAGGGGCUCCCAAUGCCAGAAAGGAAGGACCUGAGCCGUGUUGAUACCGACAGACCAUUACCCCCUCCCCCUCCACAUGAGGAACCAGAGGAAAGACCCGAAAGACAGGAAAGACAAGAGCGGCCCAAGCCAGAGCUUGUUGGGCCAAAACCAGAGCAAUUGACUCAACCUCCAACUCCAGUCACAAAACAGGCUCCUGUUGCAUUGGCAUCACCUAGGACUCCAUCCGCCCCCAGGUCCGUGCCCAUGACAUUGCCAUCUCCCCGCUCGAAUGGGCGCGCAUCACCUGCAUUUGACAGUCGUUCUCAAACCACCCCUAGCAGUCCCAAAUCACAACCUUCAGCCAACCCGACGCCAGAGAAGUCCAAGAAGCCAAAGGCUUCACGCUUCAAGAAUCUCUUUAGUAGCAAAAAGGCAGACCCAACUAGCCUAGUGGGUCGAAGAAUAUCCCAGCUUGAACCACCUAAUAGUGGGGGCUUGGGCGUUCCUACCCAAGAUACUAGCCGCAGACUAUCCGUUGGCCGGAAGAAGAAUGCUCCCAUAGAUUUCAGCGGUGGUGCUGCGCAGUUGAAUGCUCCUCCCCCACUAGUCAUUGAGAAGCCGUCGCUAUCCCUGCAAGCUGAUUUACGUCGCCAGGACAGUGAUCAGCCAUCAACAUCCCAGGUCAGCUCAAAAGAAGAACGCGCGGCAACCCAAGUGUUCUCCUCGUUUGAUCAAGGUCCUUUAACCGACCAGCCAGCUUUCGUCCCUGAUGACUCUGUGAUGACCUCCGAGUCAGGCUCCCCAAUCGAGUCCGGCCCUGCCGCACCGGAGAAGGAAACUGAUGAUGUUGUGUCGAUGGACGGAACAGCCCCUCUCGCAUCUCCUGUGGAGGCUAUUCCUGUGCAGGAUCGAUGGGCUCAAAUCAAGAAAAAUGCUGCUGAGAGAGCAAAGGUUGUGCCAAAAGCAUCUGACGAAUAUACAAGGAGCGACGCAAGGGGCAGCAUUGAUGAUGGAGAGACAAGUGGUGAAGAGACAAUCGAAUCUAGGGUUGCUAGAAUCAAGGCACGUGUUGCUGAGCUCACCGGCAGCAUUGACACUACCACUCGAGUUUAACUUCUAGAUCGCACGGUUUUCUGGCCUAUGUUUGCCGUUGCUAUAAUAAUCCGAUCCUUUGUGGCCAAAGUUGCUCUAAUACACACACCCCAAUUACAAGCACUCACGGAUACGCUGGAAUAUAUCAGCGAUGCUUUUUUCCCUUUUUCCCACUCCGGAAUGCAUAAGCUGAGCGAUAAUAACCGUUCACUCGGCUGACUGCUCAUCCCACACCCCAGUCCACACUCACUUAAAUCUCGUUACGUUUCCUUCAUGUCUCCUUUUUUCUUUUUCUUCCCCCCCCUUUUUUUGUGGCAAGCGUCCUAUUUCACUAUACACGAUUCAUAGUUUUGAAGGCGUGAUUUAAUCGUUCGUUGAAUUUCGCAUAGUGUUUUCCUAAUGCUUUUCUUGACCUACUAAAAAAUUUGCUGCUAGCUUCUUGUACUCUUUUUUUUGUCUAAAUUCUUUUUGUCUAAAUUCUUUUCCCCAUUUCUACUGCUGCCUACUUUCUUAUCGAGAGAUAUGAUACCACUUUAAAACAACCAAGCCUGCAAUACCUUUUUACCAUUUCCUAUUUUCCUAACCGCCACCCCAUAGUUAAUUUUCUGUGUCGACUUUGUCGAACCACGGAGGAUAAGCUAGCUAGCUAAAGCCAUUUAUCUUGAUACCCACCUAAAUGACAAGUAGAAUGCAUAGCCAA